AUGGCCACCACUCCUCUCGCCCGCCAAAAGACCCUCGGCUACUCCCUCCUGCUCUUCUCCUGGCUCUGGCACGCCCUCUUUGCCGCCUACUUCGUCGUCUUCUCUGUCUGGUCUCUCAGGGGCGCCUUCCGCACCUUUGACGACCAGUUCCGCGCCCUGCUCAACACCAAGACCCAGGCCGUCGUCAUGUCCAUCUUCUUCCUCGCCUACACCUUGUUCCACAUCGCCGCCGUCUUCCCCAACUUCUCAUGGGUCACUUCCCGCGAGGUCGAUGUUGAGCAGGCCAGUCAAGCGCAGGGCAAGGCUCGGGUGUAUGGCGUCGCGAAGAAGGCUGAGCACUUGUGCCGUGCGGCCCGCUACCUGAUUGUGCUCCGAGUGGUUCUUGCUCUUGUCAAUGGCGUUCUUCUUGCUGUUGUAUGGAGGUGGAUGGACAAGUUCCGUGCCAAUGGCGACGAUGAGAACGUUUUGUACUGCAUUGCGAUUAUUGUUGUGUUGGCUAUUGAGACUGUGGAGAGCUUCCUCAGUGCCGCCGUUUUCUGGCUCCCCAAGAUUCUCCAAACUGCGUAG